AUGGCUUCCAAGAAAGCCGCGUCGAAGUGGACAGCGGCAGAAGUUGAGCAGUUUUGCUCAAUCACAGGUGCUGAAGAAAAUGUGGCAGAGCGAAUGUUGGAAGCCUGCAAUGGAAACAUUCAGCUGGCCAUUGAGAUGCACAUGGAUGGUGGAGAGAUGUGUCACAGUGGACCACAGCCAUCUGCAUCCUCUUCAGGAGCAAGAGGUUCUUCAUCACAGGCAGCUACAGAACAGGUGGUCGAGGAGGAGGAAGAUGUGAGAGCUCCAAUUCCACAGAGGAAUGAAACACUAGUGGAGGAAACACCAGCUGGAUUUGGACUGGCUCACUACAGUGGCCAGAUGUCGGAUGAUGACCUAGGAUUUCACGGAAGAAGACGAAAAGCCCGAUCUGUUUUCGAUGGAUUUAGAGACUUUCAAGCUGAAGCCAAACAACAGGAAGAAAUGAUGACAGCUGGAGCAUCCACUUUCCACUCAAAGAGACAGACCCUGGAGGACUUAUUUCGUCCACCUAUUGAUGUCAUGUUCAAAGGCAGCUUUGCCAAUGCUCGAGAACAUGGUAAGACCUGCCAGAAAUGGCUGAUGGUGAACAUACAGAAUGUACAGGAGUUUGCCUGUCAGGCUCUCAACCGUGACGUAUGGAGCAACAGCAGUGUGAAAAGUAUCAUCAAAUCAAAAUUUAUAUUCUGGCAGGUCUACCAUGACAGUGAAGAAGGUGGUAAAUAUACUCAGUUCUACAAGGUGAACAACUGGCCCUAUGUCUCCAUCAUAGACCCACGUACAGGUGAAAAUAUGGUUACCUGGGAUAAGUUGGACCCAAUAAUAUUCUGUGAGCUUGCAAAUGAAUUUCUAGCAGAGAACCCUUUCUGUGGUAGUGACAGUGAAACUAGCCCAUCUCCUGCCAAAAGGCCCAGGGUGUCCAGUAUUGUUGAUGCCAGUGAAGACUCCCAACUACAAGCAGCUAUCAAGGCAUCCUUGACCAAAUCUACCUCAUCCAACCCAGUCAUAAUUGACUCCGACUCCGACAUUGACAGUGAUAAUGAUCUCGAGACUUUCACAGAUUCUGAUGAUGAGGAAAGUUCAACCACAAACUCGCCAAUGAAAUGUGAACCUAAACAGAAAACAGACAAUGUUAUCAACUCCUCAAACAGUGUGGAUACCUCCGUGGAAGUCAAAAAUGUUUCUGAGGAACAGCCUAUAGAUCUGUCAGACGAUGUCUCUCCAGAAGGUGACAAUGUAAACAACAAAGCCCAAAGUACUGAUACAGACAUAAACUCUGACAGUUACAAGGCCUUCCUAGGAAAAGAUGACGAUCCACAGACAUCACUGAUGAUCAGAUAUCCUGAUGGAAAACGACAACAAUGGCUCACUUCCUGUAAUUCUAAACUGAUGGCAUUGGUGUUGUAUGUUGGAUCUCAAGGUUACCCUAAUGAACGAUUUGAGCUUGUUACAAACUUUCCUAAAAGGAAGCUCUCUUACAUGGAUUUUGAUAUGACAGUGAAAGAUGCUGGUUUGCAUCCUCAGGAAUCAAUUUUUGUCCAGGCCAGAUGAUAGAGCUUGAUGACGUUCAAGUAAUCAGGCCAAAAACAUACAGUCUACUUCAUAACCUUGUGACAGGCUAAAAGAUACAGGCUAGCUUCUUCAAAGGCUUACAGUACAGCCUUCUCCAAGACUUGAUCGCAAGGCCAGAUAAAAUGUUCUGUUAUCUGUUCACACAAACUGGUGAGAGGUCAGGCCAUGCGGUCUAUUUUAGACCAGACGAUUUUCUGAAAAUGUGGUUGACAUAACCGUUUAUACACAGCUUGUUUGUUGCUGAAAAUAUGACAGUGGCAUGCUGUAUGGCAGACUAAGACAGAAUAAUUAAAAUACACUUCUGAACCAAGAAGCAGGAGAGAAUUCUUAUAUGUCAGGAAAUAGUUGGACCAAAAUUAUGUUGGAGAGAAGCCCACAUACCUGGUAUCCUAUUAAGUAUUUGCCAUGAACAAAGAUAUGGUAUUUCUUGACUUUCAAAUGACAUAAUGUAAAGUUUGCAUAAUAGUUUAAUUCUUAAGAAUCACAAUGAAAAUGGUGUUGGACGGUACUAAAUAUGUGAAAUAAGAUGUUAUACACAGCAUUCUUGUUCAAAGCUUAUGAUGAAUUAUGUGGACAGUUGUUUCACACAUGUCAUACAUAGAAGGUAGGAUAUGAAAAAAUGAUUGACAAAUGGGAAACAUCCCAUCAUAUUCAAUUAAACGAUGUAUAGGUUUACUGUUGUUAACUUUGAAAUGGAACAACACUUUAAAAGAAAGAAAUUCUCGGUAGCAGACUGAAGUACUUCACUGCACUUCAGUAAAGGACCCAUGAUAAACUGUAACAUAGGUUUUGAUGUCAGAGAAUAUAUUUUAGGGAAAUAAAAAAGGAAAAUGGUCACCAAACUUGAAAAACAUCUGUUUUAUACACCUUGUAGAUUUUCCACCUUUUUCAACAACAUAGUUUGUGGCCCGUUAUCAAAAUUUUCUAAAAUCUUUUUUCAACACAUCACUCAAUGAAAUCAGUUCUGAUUGAUAGAGUGUAUAGUGUAAACUGGUACUAACUCUCGGCAGAUGUUAUCUAAGACAAGGUUGAUUACAUAGAGUUUUUACCUAAUCAUUACAAAAAAGUGCUAAACUAUCACUAUAGUGUGUAGGCCUGUUACAGCCUGUUACACCGUUUUAUUAUCCAUAUUUACCAUCAGUGACAAUAUAUAUAUAUAAACACAUAAAAAAACCAUCAGUAAUGAAUAGGUUACUUAUAUACAGUGAUCAAAUAAUUCAGGUGUAUUCCUGUGUUAGAACCAACUGUUUUCGUUCCAUCGACUGACCAAUACCUCUAUUUAUAAGUCAUAUUUAGACUAGUGUGGUGAAGGGAAUAUAUUUGAAACCACUGAAUUGAAGAUCUAGUGUAAGGUCGGGCAGGUUCAUACUAAAAGUGCCUUACCUGGCCAGCUUGCCAUUUAUACAUGGUAGAAGAUAUAUAUAUAUAUAGAGGAUGAAGCAGAUUGACAAGCACAGAAACUUUAACAGUGCCUUAACAUCUACACUGGUUAUAUAAUGUGCAAACAAAAACAUGUUGUGUUUAUAAAACAGUGAUUUAGAAACACAACACACUGAUUCUUGAUAUUGAGAUGUCAGUGUUCCUCUGUUUACAAACUGCUGAGUUGGUAGAUGGUUCAUUUAAAUUGAUAUUGGUUUGGUAUAUAGUGUGGUCUUUUGAAAAAAAAUCAAAUUUUGAUAUGGCUUUUUACUUUACAGUUUUCGCUUGAAUGACAUCACAAUCUGAUAAUUGUUGAUAUUUAAUACUAAAAUAUUAAAUCCGAAGAAACUUGUUUCCCUGGACUAUUUAAUUUUCAAAUAAUACAUAAUCACUAUGUAGGUUUCAAGUGUACUUGUCUCUCUUGCUUAGUAACAGCUAGUUUGUUUAUGAAACAAUCAUUGAAAUCGUGGAAUAUACUUUGUGUAAGCAAUCGGGAAUCAGGUAUUUCCAGUUACUGUGAAUUAAGUUUUGCACAAGGAUAGGCAUUUAAGAAUUUAUGAUAAUAAUAAACUUAAUUUAAUGAGGAUUUAAGAAACUGUUUAGCCAAGGCUAAUCUACCACAGAGUCCUCUUGUUUCUAAUUCUCCCCAAGGGUUGAGAUUGUAGUGCCACACUGACAAGGUAGGGAAUUAUCAUUUUUUCUCCAACCACUUCAAUCUGUGGUAUAAUCUCCAUUGUUUUCUGUCUGUAUAUUAUAUGUGCCAAUAUGAUUGAAAGUGACAUAACUUUUGUCAUUCCUAACAUUUUUGACAAUCGUAUCCAUGCCGCCUGUUUUGAGCAUCAUGUUAUUUUGUACACCUAUACAUGUGUAUUAUAAUCUUGUUUUUUGUAAAGAAACAUCUAAAAUCCAUCUAAAAUAGGUUGCCAAUUUAUGAUUUGUGAGAGAAAGGAUAUGGAUGUGUGAUGGAUGAAUGGAGCCAAAAGGCGAUCAUUUCAAGUAAUUUCACCAGGGACAAUAAGGAUUUAGAUGUGUGAUGGAUGAAUGGAGCCAAAAGGCGAUCAUUUCAGGUAAUUUCACCAGGGACAAUAAGGAUUUAGAUGUGUGAUGGAUGAAUGGAGCCAAAAGGCGAUCAUUUCAGGUAAUUUCACCAGGUACAAUUCAAUGAGAUAUUGCUCAGUUUUGGUGGUUUCAAUAAGGCCUAUGCUUGUGUUGCUGUUUUGAGACCAAAAUUUAAGAAAUCAAUGUUCUCCAUGUUUACAAGAAUAUCAACAUCAGAACUAUAGGCACCUUUGGAGUUUUUCUGAUUGCUUUAGCCUUUUAGUUUAGAACUUGUAGUGUUGAAAUGUUUCAUGCUAUCAGAUCUGCCAUUAGUGAAGAUAUAAAAUGUAUUUUUUUGACAUAUAUAAGUUUGAUAUAUGUUGAGUAUAAUGUGCAUUACUUUCAUUUGGUUUUAACUUGAUGUAUUCCUGGCACCUUUAACGACAGAUUAAUGUUAUGUAAUUAGCUGUCUGUAAUUAUCAUAAUAUGAUGUAAGCAUAUGUAUAUAGACAGGACACAAGGCCCCUAACAUUACAAGCUGAUUUACAGAAUUCAACAUGACAGAUAUGUUGUUAUGAAUUAAAACCUGAAAAAAAUAGAAAAAAAAGAACUAAAAUAUCAUCAACAAAAUCACAGUUGUAUGGAGUAUUGAGCUAAAUUGAAUAAAGACCCCCUUGUAAAUGUUUGUGUGGAUAAAAGUCCUACAGAAUACAAGGUCUUCCUGCUUCAGAAGACAAGAUUCGUGGUCGUUGGCGCUAGAGAUAUUGCUGACUUAUACAUGUAUACAAUUUGCCUGGAGGAGGACAAAACUUAUCCAGUAUUAACUUCCACAGGGAUUGCUAUCAUAACAUUCUCCUGGUUUUUGUAAAUAUCCUGUUCAAAGCUCCUAUAUAUAUAUAUAUGUACAGAUGUGUUUAUAUGAUCAAUGAUAAGUGCUACAUAUCCCUUUGGAUAUUUAUUUUGUAUUGUUAUUCUGAAAACAGGUUUUCGCUCACAAGCUACCACUUUGGAAUACAAACAAGAUUUUUAUUA